CGGGUCUCGUCAGAGGCGGCGCCGCGACUGAGAGGAACCAAGAUGGCGGCCGCGGCAAGCGCGAACGAGCUUUUGCCCUGCGAUGACCCCUGAACCUGGUAGCAACAACAGCACGACCACCAACCGUGUCCCCGGCGGGUCUUCCGAGAAGAGAGUGAGCGUGAGGGCAGGUGUGGGAGCCAUGGCCCUUGACGCCGUGAGGGAGCUGCUGAGCAUCGACCGGGACUUGCUGGUGUCUUACCAGGUGGACAAGAAUCAGCAGCUGGAGUCGAUCAGCUUCCAGACCCCGCUCAUGAGGAACGUCUUCCUGAAUCACCCGGAGGUUGUGCUGAUUCACCGCACGCACAGCCCCUGGGGCAAAGCCCUCUACGUGUUCAUCGUGGACAAGGCCUUCCUGAAGCUGGAGGGAGAAAUGACCAAAGUGAUCCACUUUGCGAUCCCCAUCAAGGAGUCGGCCAAAGGGCUGGCUCAGAUGUGCCGCACCUUCAAGGCCUUCAACCCGGAGUGGAAGCAGGUCAAGACUUUCCUGGUGGAUCCGCGAUUCCGGUUGGCGCCGACCCUGUUGGAGGCCUUCCCCUCGGCCGACGUCCAGCUGUCCGUCUUCCAUAUUUGCAAGCACUUCCAGCACAAGAUCCACCAGGUCCCCCUGGAGUUCCACACGGAGAGGCUGAUCCUGAGCGCCCUGCGGAAUGCAAUGUGUGCCCCCAGCAGGAGCAACCUGGGGAAGAUGCACACCAUCCUGAGUGACUUUGUCAAGCCCAACCUCUUGCCCCAGAUUCACAGAGACUGGCUGCUCAACGACAAGAUCUGGGCCUUCCACCGCUGGAGGACUUGGCGAGAGUGCAGCCAGUAUUUCAAAGACCUGGAGGUGGUCACGCGCAGCCUGAGCCAGGUCUUCUGCAUGGGGCCUUCCCUGGAGACCUGCGUCGUCAGCAUCGCCAGGAGUUACCACAAGAGCGUCCUGGGGAGAUCCACAGAGGCUGCCCCCAGCCCAGCCCCCCGGCUCAGUCAGAACGGCUCUCCCAAUCACUCCCUGCUUCCCCAGGACUCUCCUCCCGCAACACAGCAGGAAGGUACUGCAAGGGCCAAUGGAACUCUCUCUCCGGACGACGCAGCUAGCAAGCACGAGGCGGCAGACUUGGCCCUCAGGCGGUCCUUGGCAGACAUCUGCACCGAGUCGGCAGCCAGGCUGUGCUUGAAUGAGCUUGCGGUGGUCCAGAGCUCUGUGCAGCUGAUGGGGACUGAUGAGGACGUGGUGAACAUCCAGAUCCUGGAAGACACCCAGGUGGUGCGCCACCAGCGCCUGAGCUCCUCCUGCGCUUGCCACUUCAGCCAACGGUUCCAGCUGCCUUGCAGGCACAUCCUGGCCAUGCUGAACUCGGAAGGGAAGGACCUGGAGCCCGAGUGGGUCCCUGCUCAGUGGCGCAAAGGGCACGCGGCUUCCCAGCAGGAAGAGAACGGCACAGAGGGGCUCCUGGAAGUCGUCGGGAGUUCGUGGGACGGGCUGCUGGACAAGUACCUGGCCGUGUCGUUCCUGACUGCAGAGAUCAGCAGACUGUUGGGCCAGUGCAGCCAGGAGGAGUUUGACCGCAGGUACAGCACCCUCCGUGAGCUGGCCGACAGCUGGAUUGGACCUUAUGUGCAGGUGAAGUUAUAGCAGAGGCCCAGGCCAGGGAGGGGGCCCUUCUGCCCUAGUUCUUCCCCAUAAGGGGGUGCGUCCCAGCCAGUGGGGUCCCAUAGACGCGCCAGAAAGGGGCCGGGAAGAGUUGUGGCACCCCCGACCCCCUUCUUUGUUGAGAGUGCUGUAGGGGGCACGUGGCUGCAGGGAGUGCCUGCCCUUAACUGCUGCCAAUGGGUUUGGGUGCUCUGCGGCCUGAGCUCAAGCUCUCUCUGCACAGUAAGGCCAGCAGAGUUGGUGCACCUUAGUUCCUUUCAAUGGAGAGAGCGGCCUGGCACCCCUGUGUCAUUCCCUUUCCACUGACUCCCUCAUCCCUUUCUGUUAUUAUUGAAGUGGAAGCCGCCUUCCAACAUACACAAUGACUUUUUCUCCCGUUGGCUCUUAAUAAAUGGGUCUUCUUUGUUUGACACCCUCGA